UAAUGAAGAUUUGUUAAUUAUUACGAAAUAGAGUACUCUUUUUCAAUUGUGAUAUAUAAACUGUCUUUAACAAUCCUAAACACAUGUAUAAUCCAGGAUAAACAAUAUAAUGUGCUUAAUUAAUGAAUGAAGUAUGUUAUCAAUGAUAAAAAUAUAGGCAGCAGGCAUAUUAAAUAUACCAGUUGUUUAUACAGAAUAAAAUGUAAAAGCUUUUGGAUCAACAAUCCCUGAGGUUAAGGCAACAAUUCCACCAAAUAGUCAUUAUUUUGAAAAACAUACAUUUUCAAUGUACAAUGAAGAUGGAAAGAAAGUUUUAUCUUAAUAUCCUGAUAAGAAUUAAGUUGUUAUAUAUGGUUGGGAAGCACAUGUAUGUGUUUAACAAACUUGUUUGGAUUUAGUUAGAAAUGGUAGUAAAAUUAAGAUAUACACUAGGCUAUUAAGUUCAUAUCUUAACAGAUGGAACAUCAAGCAAUAGACCACUUUAUAGAUCAACAUGUUAUUAACGAUUAGCUUAAUAGGGAGUGGUAAUAGAUAAUUCACAAUCAGUUUUAUAUGAAUUAUUAUAGUCAUAUAAAGAUGAAAAGUUCAAACCAAUUUUAAGUUUAUUCAAGAAAUAUAAAUAUGAAGAGGUUUUUACAACAUUAUGA